AUGAGUUCUUCGAAUCGGUCAAUGCUCCUAGGUUACUGGGAUAUCCGCGGGCUGGCUCAUGCCAUCCGCAUGCUCCUAGAAUUCACGGAUACCAGUUAUGAGGAGAAACGGUACACGUGCGGAGAAGCUCCUGACUAUGAUCGAAGCCAAUGGCUGGAUGUGAAAUUCAAGCUAGACCUGGAUUUUCCUAAUUUGCCCUACCUUGUGGAUGGGAAGAACAAGAUCACCCAAAGCAAUGCCAUUUUGCGCUACAUCGCUCGCAAGCACAAUAUGUGUGGUGAGACAGAAGAAGAAAAGAUUCGAGUAGACAUCAUAGAAAAUCAAGUAAUGGAUUUCCGCAUGCAACUUGUACGGAUCUGCUACAACCCUGACCAUGAAAAGUUGAAGCCUCAAUACUUGGAACAACUACCUGGACAACUGAAACAGUUUUCUUUGUUCCUGGGGAAAUUCUCUUGGUUUGCAGGGGAAAAGCUCACCUUUGUGGACUUUCUCACUUAUGAUGUCUUAGAUCAGAACCGCAUGUUUGAGCCCAAGUGCUUGGAUGAGUUCCCAAAUCUGAAGGCUUUCAUGUGCCGUUUUGAGGCUUUGGAGAAAAUAGCUGCAUACAUGCAAUCCGACCGCUUCUUCAAGAUGCCCAUCAACAACAAGAUGGCCCAGUGGGGAAACAAGAGGCUGUGCUGA